AUGGCGCCAGAACGAGUGCGGAGCCGAGCGCUCUCAGCAUUCAAGCUGCGCGGCUUGCUGCUCCGGGGUUGCUCCAUUAAGUGUCUCACAGAUGCUCUUCAAUCUAUCAGUGAACUGGAGCUAGAAGAUGCACUGGAAAAGAUCAUCGAUGCUGUUGAAAAGCAACCUUUGACAUCAAACAUGAUUGAACGAUCUGUAGUGGAAGCAGCAGUCCAGGAAUGCAGUCAGUCAGUAGAUGAAACUAUUAUAUUAAUGACCAACCACCCUGAACCAAAUUUAUUUGGAACAGCAAGAGAUAAAGCGGAGCUGUUUCGUGAGCGAUAUACCAUUUUGCACCAGAGGACCCACAGGCAUGAAUUAUUCACUCCUCCAGUGAUAGGUUCUCACCCUGAUGAAAGUGGAAGCAAAUUCCAGCUUAAGACAAUAGAAACCUUAUUAGGUAGUACAACCAAAAUUGGAGAUGUGAUUGUUCUUGGAAUGAUAACCCAGUUAAAAGAGGGAAAAUUUUUUCUGGAAGAUCCUACUGGAACAGUACAACUGGAUCUUAGUAAAGCUCAGUUCCAUAGUGGUUUAUAUACAGAAGCGUGCUUUGUCUUAGCAGAAGGUUGGUUUGAAGAUCGAGUGUUUCAUGUCAAUGCCUUUGGAUUUCCACCCACUGAACCCUCUAGUACUACUAGGGCAUACUAUGGAAAUAUUAAUUUUUUUGGAGGGCCUUCUAAUACAUCUGUGAAAUCUUCUGCAAAACUAAAACAAUUAGAAGAUGAGAACAAAGAUGCAAUGUUUGUGUUUAUAUCUGAUGUUUGGUUGGACCAAGUAGAAGUAUUGGAAAAACCUCACACCAUGUUUUCUGGUUAUUCACCAGCACCUCCCACCUGCUUUAUCCUGUGUGGUGAUUUUUCAUCUGCACUGUAUGGAAAAAAUCAAGUCCAGUCUUUGAAAGAUUCCCUAAAAACUUUGGCAGAUAUAAUAUGUGAAUACCCAAAUAUUCACCAAAGUAGUCGUUUUGUAUUUGUACCCGGACCAGAGGAUCCCGGGUUUGGUUCCAUCCUGCCAAGGCCUCCACUUGCUGAAAGCAUCACUAAUGAAUUCAGACAAAGAGUACCAUUUUCAGUUUUUACUACUAAUCCUUGCAGAAUUCAACAUUGUACACAAGAAAUUAUUGUUUUUCGUGAAAACUUAGUGAAUAAAAUGUGCAGAAACUGUGUCCGUUUUCCUAGUAACAAUUUGGAUAUUCCUAAUCAUUUUACAAAGACUAUUUUAUCCCAAGGACAUCUGACUCCUCUACCCCUUUAUGUCUGCCCAGUGUAUUGGGCAUAUGACUAUGCUUUGAGAGUGUAUCCUGUGCCUGAUCUACUUGUCAUUGCAGACAAAUACGAUCCUUUCACUAUGACCAAUACUGAAUGCCUCUGCAUAAACCCUGGCUCCUUUCCAAGAAGUGGAUUUUCAUUCAAAGUUUUUUAUCCUUCUAAUAAGACAGUAGAAGAUAGCAAACUUCAAGGCUUUUUGAGAUUCUUAAAGACUGUGUGA